GAUCUGAGAUUUCCCAGAAAUCUGGCGGGAGUUUCCUGCAAAAUCUCUGGUGAAAAUCCAGGAACAAAUGGGGUUUCUCUUAGCUCCAAGAACAAAAUGGAGGAUUACAAUACAGCUAUGAAGAGAUUGAUGAGGAGCCCUUAUGAAUAUCAUCAUGAUCUGGGUAUGAACUAUACAUUGAUAAGAGAUGAACUUAUCGUUGGGUCGCAGCCACAGAAACCUGAGGACAUAGAUCACUUGAAGCAGGAACAGAAUGUUGCUUACAUACUUAACUUGCAGCAGGACAAGGACAUUGAGUAUUGGGGAAUCGAUUUGGAUUCCAUUGUUCGAAGAUGUAAAGAGCUUGGAAUCCGUCACAUGAGAAGGCCCGCUAAAGAUUUCGAUCCACUUUCAUUGAGAAGCCAACUUCCAAAAGCUGUUUCUUCUUUGGAAUGGGCGGUUUCAGAAGGUAAAGGAAGAGUCUACGUGCAUUGCUCAGCCGGGUUGGGAAGAGCUCCAGGGGUUUCGAUUGCUUAUAUGUAUUGGUUCUGCGACAUGAAUCUAAACACGGCUUAUGACAAUUUGGUAUCGAAGCGUCCAUGCGGGCCUAACAAAGGAGCCAUCCGUGGCGCAACAUACGAUCUGGCUAAGAACGAUCCCUGGAAAGAGCCCUUUGAAAGUCUCCCUGAGAACGCAUUCGAGGACAUUGCCGAUUGGGAAAGGAAGUUGAUUCAAGAACGUGUCCGGGCCCUCCGUGGAACCUGAAAAUUAGUAGAGCAUAUGUAUAAUUUCGAAUAAAAUCUAGACUUUUGU